AUGGAUCAAGAUGCGCUUGAACAUCAAGGUACCAGAGAUCGAAGCAGAGGAAAAACUGUCGCCAUUGUCUUCGCACUUUGUCUAGCUCUUUUUCUCGCCGCGCUUGACACUGUUUUGAUCACCACUGCACUGCCUUCUAUUGCAAAAAUCUUCAACAUUUCAGACUCGGGCUACGCCUGGGUUGGUUCCGCGUACUUGCUCACGAACGCAGCCUCUGUGCCGUUCUGGGGCAAAAUUUCAGACAUUUUUGGCAGAAAACCCAUCCUGAUGCUUGCAAAUGCCAUCUUCAUCGCCGGUAGCUUGAUUUCGGCGCUGUCGAACAGCUUGUGCACGCUGAUUGCUGGACGCGCCGUUCAGGGCCUAGGUGGCGGUGGCAUCGUGAUUCUGGUCAAUAUUUGCGUCGGCGACCUAUUCAGUCUUCGAGAGCGCGGGCUGAUCUAUGGCAUUGUUGGCGCUGUUUGGGCCACUGCUAGCGCGCUGGGUCCUGUACUCGGCGGCGCAUUUACGGAAAAAGUCAGUUGGAGGUGGUGUUUCUGGCUUAAUUUACCUACCGACGGUAUUGCAGCGGGCGUUCUAUUGCUUUUCCUUGAUAUCCACAACCCUAAAACGCCUCUCGUUGAAGGCCUCCGAUCGAUCGACUGGCUAGGAACUAUCACCAUUGCCGGCGGUACCAUCAUGUUUCUCCUAGGUCUUCAAUUCGGCGGGAUCGAAUAUCCGUGGUCCUCCUCCAUUGUUAUCUGCCUCAUCAUCUUUGGUGUUAUCACCCUCGGCAUUUUCUUCACCACUCAGUUCAAGCUUUCUCCGUCACCGAUUAUGCCCUUCAGCAUCUUCGGACAAAUUUCAAAUCUUUCAGCGCUCGCAGUUUGCUUCUUUGAUGCAUUUGUCUUUAACUCAGUUGCCUAUUUCGUUCCACUAUACUUCCAGACUGUUCUUCAUGCUACAGCUUUGCAAGCUGGAACCUGGAUGCUGGCUCUUGCUGUUCCUCUAGCCCUCUUCUCCGCGAGCGCUGGAUGGAUCAUGGAAAAGACUGGGCGAUAUCUCGAGCUGCUCCGUGGUGGCCUAUUCCUGAUGACGGUAGGAUUGGGAUUAUGUAUUUCCUUCCCUACCUACAUUAGUUGGGCACGCAUCAUAUGUUUUCUGGUUAUCAUCGGCAUCGGCUUUGGGCCUAACUUCCACGCGCCAUUGAUCGCGCUUCAAACUCACUUGAAACCCGAACAUGUAGGUGCUGGUACAGCGACCUUUGGCUUUAUCAGAAUGCUUGCAGGCGCAUGUGGUGUCGUCUUGGGCCAGGUAGUCUUCCAAGGGCAGAUGCAAGGACAUUUUACAUCGCUCAUUGCAGAAGGAGUGCCUAAGUCCGAAGCCGAGCGGCUGACAAAGGGGUCUGCGAUAUCUGCAGCGGGUGAGAAGUAUGUCGGAGCAGCUAAUAAUACUGAGUGGGCGCCUGCUGUACGGCAAGCUGAAGCAGAGAGUUUCAGUAUGAUGUGGAUCUUAUAUACGGUGGCCUCUGCAAUGGGUUUGCUUGUGAGCUUAGGGAUUCGGAAGGCCAAGCUGUCAAGAGAACACACGGAGUUCAAGACCGGCAUUGCGAAAGACGAUAGUAAAACGCAAACCACCGAUGUAGAUUCAUAUACAACAGCGGAGAAGCCAGCGAGCGGUAACGAGUCUGUAUGA